AUGCUGCUUAAGAUUCGAAAUUAUGGAGGAAACCAAAUAAAGGCUAAUGCUUUGAGCUUUAGCACAAUAAGUCGUUUGUCGAAGGCAGUUUCUGCAAAACAGAAUUCUGAAAGCUCAGGAAGGCAGGGGGAAAAAUACGUUUCCUGUAAUAUGCGAGACGUAACAAAAGCAAGCUUAAAUUCAUUACCAAAAAAUUUAGGAGAUGAUAAAGAGCGGGUCGCAUUCCAACAAUGGCUUCAAUCCCCUGAGGUGAGGAAAGCAAAGUUCUUCAAUGGAGCAGCCUUUGGAUUGGGUCCUAGACGGGAUCAGCCAUUUCCAUUAAACCCUAGCUUUAGACCGUCGCGUCCUACUUCUCAUUCUUUACGAAUGCAGAUCAGUGAUGAAUAUCUCAAAGGUAUGAGUGCUGAUGUUCUUGCUCGAAAAUACAAAACGUGCCCUCAGAGAAUUGAGGCUAUCGUUAAGUUGAGGAGCGUGUUUGAUGAACAUCAAAGUCGAAAUGCUCCCGUGCUUUCUAGCUAUGCCGAUGUUAUGGAAAAAAUGGUGAAUGUCUGUAGAGAACCAAGUCGUCUCCAGUUUAAUGAUUACGGAGAACUACCAAUCCAAUCAAGGACAACUCCUCUAUGGAAAAGUGUUCCUGAAGAUCAUGUUUUUACUCCGGAAGAAGCUGCGAAGACACUUCGCUGGCCAUCAUUAGAGGAAAUCGCUAAUCAAAACAAAAACAUGGAUAAUAGUAAAUCUAAGGGAGAUCUCGCCAGCUCUCGUCAAAAUGAAGAAUUGGUUGCAACAGAUGAUACACAAACGGGAAAGCGCAUUUUCCGAUUAGUAGAUGUUUCUAGCGGUGAUAUUUGGAAACGCGACACGGCCGGAAAUAUUUACGUUAGUCGACAAGCAGCUACGUCUAAUUAA